AAAACCCUAAACAUCCACGUCGUUGAAACCUGGUUUACUCAACUCAACAGCUUUUUAGGGUUUAAGCUGCUUCACCUCUCUUCACUCAAAUUUUACACUCGUCCAUCAUUUUUACUUAAAAAUCUUCGUUUGUUGCUCUCUAAUUCUCCAAAUAACCAAAAACCAUGGCGACAAGCUUAGCUUCUCAAUUAGCAGCAAUUAGGUCUGCUAUACAAAUCGACACAGACUCUCAAAAACGGCCUAUAACUCGUCCGUCUAUUUUAUUCGAUUCUAAAGAAGCUGCUGAUAUCGACACAGACACUAUUUUUAGUAUCGCGCUUUCAGGUCUUGAGAUUCUUAUAACACUCGAUGAACGAUUCAGAAUCUAUAGAAAUGAUUUGUUUAGUGAUAAAAGUAAAGAAAUGAAUAGAGAAUUGAUGAAUCAAGAUGAGAAUAAUCGUAUUAAUGUGACUAUUGGUUUAUACCUGAGGUUGCUCUCUGGUCAUCUUCAGUUACCUGCUGCUCAUAAAACACUGGAAUUUUUGAUUCGCCGAUACAAGAUACAUGUAUACAAUGUUGAGGAUUUGAUUUUAUGUGCCUUGCCCUACCAUGACACUCACGCUUUUGUUCGGAUAGUUCAGUUAAUUGACACAAGAAAUAGCAAAUGGAAGUUUUUGGACGGUGUUAAAGUUUCGGGCGCACCACCUCCUAGGAAUGUUAUUGUGCAGCAGUGUAUCCGUGAUAUGGGAGUUCUAGAGGCUCUUUGCAAUUAUGCAUCUCCUUCAAAGAAAUUUCAACCUUCAAGACCUGUCAUCAGCUUUAGCACAGCAGUUGUUAUUGAAACUUUGGGUUCUAUAACCGAUGUUAAUAGUGACGUUGUACAUAGAAUCCUUCCAUUUGUAGUUUCUGGACUUCAGCCUAAUCUGAAAGGAGGCUCAGAUCACAAGGCAGGCGCUCUAAUGAUUGUUGGUUUAUUAGCAAAUAAAGUUUCCUUGGCUCCUAAGCUUGUUAAAAGUUUGAUCCGGUCGAUUUCUGAGUUGGCUCAAGAAGAUGCAAAAGGGUUGGCGGAUCUGCAGUGGCUUCGUUUAUCAGUUAUGGCUUUAGUUAACCUUGUUCAGUUGCAACCUAUCAAUGCGUUUCCAAAGAAAGUUCUGGAUAUUAUAAAGGGUACUAGGGAUAUUUCUGCGGUUCUUUUAGAACUGUCUAAGGAAUUCAAUAUUGAGAGAUUCCUCAAUGUGCUUGUGGAAUCUUUGGUUGAUUACAGUUCUUCUGAUGAUGCGUGUUGCUGUGCUUUAAUAUCCAUAAUAGAGAGGGUUCCAGUAAAGAAUUCUGUUGAACAUAUAGUUUCAAGGGUCCUUUUUUCUUGUAUAAAAAUGGCACAGAAAAGUGACAGUUCAAUGCCAUCCUUAUCAGGGAGCUGGGCAAAGAAAAUUUUGAUGGUUAUUGAUAAGAAUUAUCCAUCUCAACUUCAUCAAGCAGUUUGUAAAUUCUUGGAGGAUUCGGAAAGCCAAUCCAAGAAAAAGGGUGGGGUGUUUGAAGCUUUAUGUAAAAUGUUGGAUGGGAAUUUGGAUUUGUCAAUCGCUUCAUCAGACUCCAAAAUUUGGCUUGCUCUACAGCAUCCCAUGGCUGAAGUUCGGUGUGCUACAUUGUCCAGUUUAAAGGAAUCUGGUUUUCUGAAAACCUUGGCUGCUGAUUCACAGAGUCUUGGAACUAUUCGAGAUGCAAUCUUGCGCCAACUUCAAGAUAGUGAUCUAACAGUUGUUCAAGAAGCUUUAGCUCUUGAGGGAUUAUCGGAGAUAAUAAGCGCGUCUGAUCUUCUUGAAACACUGGAUAGUGUACUUAAAAGAUGGGCUGCCUCCCAAAAAUCAAGCUUAUCCGACAACUCUACUCUUGCUGAUAAUGUGGCUGUCUCAGUCCUGCAGCUUGCCAUUUCAAGCUUCCAUGAUCAGGCUGAUUACUUGGAGAAACUUGCUGCUAGGAUGUUUCCUUUAAUCCUUAUAUUGCCUAAGACACGAGGUCUAAAUUGGAAGAUUUUGAAGUUAUCAAAGAAAAUGAAUUGGCCAUUGUACCAAAAUCUCAAUGGCAUCCCUACUGAAGAUGAGGAACUAUCCAAAGAAAACAUAUCUGCGGUCAAUAUAAAAAUUAUUAGCAGCUUGGCAGAGACAUUCUCAAUGUAUCCAGAUGACUAUACAUCUUGGUUUACCAAGAGCUUCAAUGAUUCGAGUUUGUCAAAGACUCUUUUCUUCUUGGUUGUGAUGCAGUCAUUUAUUAAUGCAAAGAAUGAUGGCGCGCAACUUUCGUUGCUUUUUGAUGCUUGCUUCCCUGUUUUAAAGACUGAGUGGGAAGUUCUUGAGUGUGCCGCUGAUGUUUCUGUAAAAGAGUGCAACAAGGAGAUGAUACACUGGGAAUGUAAGAAAUUCACAGAUCAGCUAGCUGAUAAUGAUUUCAGUGCGUUGAAGUCAGACAUUCUAAUUUGCAUCAUGUGGAGAUUAGUGGAGGCAAUUGUUUCUGCAGUAGCCACAGAUAUCCUGCUGGAUGAUAAUGCAAAGUGGAUAAGCUGUAGAGUUAGGGACUUGUAUGUGUUUCUUUCAACUUCUCAGCUAAAGCAUGUCUUCAAGGAACACCGUCAUUACCUUAUUACAAAGUGCAACAUCUCUCCUGUUGAUUUUCUCUCUGGAUUUUUCAUUAAUGAAGAUGUUCCUGUUGCUGUCCAAGUUGAAAGUCUUCACUCUCUUGCAUUUCUUUGUCGGGAGCCUGAUGAUCGAUUGCUGUUUCAACUUCUAGCUAAUUUCCCUUUGCUUCUUGUGCCACUUGCCUGUGAUAAGCAGGAUAUAAGAACUGCUGCCAUGGGCUGCAUUGAAGCAUUUUAUGCACUAUCGCUCCGGGUUGACCAUUUGAGCAAGAAAAAUGGCAACAACGCGAGUUGGAGUCAUUUCCUCGAUGAGCUUCUUGGCCUCAUUAUCCAACAAAAGAGGGCGAUAUUAUCAGACAAUAACUUUCUACCCUCUUUAUUGACCUCUUUGCUUGGCUCAUCCCAUGGUGGUCUUCUAGUGCCAAGGAAUGUUGAACAAAGAUUUGAUCAAUCUACUAAGGAAAAGAUUCUUGCCUUUAUCUUGGGUUAUGCACUUCAACUUCCAACAUUUGCGAAGCUAAUGAUUGUAUCUUUGCUUAAAGGAUUGGGGCAUGCAAUAAUUUGUGUUAAAGAUGUUGAAACACUUUUGGAUCAGCUUCUGAAAAGACGCAGACAAUGUAAUUUUGAGGCAGAUAAGUCGAUACAGAAAUUGUCCAAAAGUGAAGUCAAAAUCUUGUGCCUUCUACUGGAGUUAUGUGCUAUGUCGCCUUCAUCAUCUGACAAAUGUGCUACUGAUGAUUAUUUGCUAAGGGCCUUGCAACUGGAUGGGCUCUCUUUUGAAGAAUCUGCUGUUGCAGAACCUUGUAUCACUGUUCUUCAUAAGUUAACUGGUCACUAUUACAGUAGUUUGGCAACUGAGAAACAGGGGUUGCUUUUUUGUGAGCUCGUGAUUUUGUUCCGGAAUCGCAAUGUUGAUAUUCAAAAUGCAACUAGAGAGGCCUUACUCCGCUUGAAUAUUACAUGCUCCACAGUAUUCCAGACACUUGAUUUCAUACUCAAAAAGGAUACUGGCAAAACUGGUUCAUCAUUUGGGAAGAAGACAAAGAAAGCAAUUGCUCAUCAAGCUUCCAGUUUGGAACUUGAUGUGGUUUGUAAAGGAGAAACUGCAUUAAACUUGCUGAGCUCCCUUCUAGAGAUAUUGGUGCUUAAGAAAGAUUUGGCUAACAGGGGUUCUCUUAUUGCGCCCUUGUUUGAGCUUCUUGGUAAAAUCUUUUCAGAAGAGUGGCUAAUUGGCCAAGAUCAGAAGUCCAUCCAAGCUUCAUUUGGCAUUUUUGAGACAGCAUCCAGUACAGUGUGUUACAUUCAACAGACAGUUCUAUCUAUACUGGAUGAUAUUAUUGCUUCAUCUGUAAAUUCUGUUCCCCUAAAGGAUGAUAUAACAAAUAAAAUAGACAUUAAAAUAUUGGUGGAGUGUGCCCGUUCUGCCAACAACAGAGUCACACGCAAUCAUAUAUUCUCAUUGUUAUCUUCGAUUGCGAAGAUCAUUCCGGACAAGAUAUUGGAACAUAUAUUGGACAUACUUGCAGUCAUUGGAGAAUCCACUGUUUCUCAGAUUGAUAGCUACUCUCAGCAAGUGUUUGAGGAACUUAUAGCUACAGUUGUGCCAUGUUGGCUAGCUAAGACAAAUGAUACAGAGAAAUUGCUCCAGAUAUUUGUAAAUGUUUUGCCUGCAAUUUCUGAACACAGGAGGCUGUCCAUUAUUGUGUACCUGUUGAGGACAUUGGGAGAGCGUAAUAGCUUGGCUUCUUUGCUUGUCCUACUCUUCCAGUCAUUAGUUUUAAGGGAAGGACGAGCUUACCUUGAUGAUACGCGAACAUUAGAAAGUUUUACAUCUUCUAUAAAGGGAGAGUGGGAGUAUGCCUUCACUGUGCAGAUAUGUGAGCAAUACUCAUGCGUGAUAUGGCUUCCGUCUGUUGUUAUGCUGCUUCAACUUAUUGGAAAGAGUCACGUGUGCCAAGAAUUGCAUAUGGAGUUGAUUUUUGCAAUGGAUUUCAUUUCAAAUAAACUGAAAGAUCCAGAAUUGGCCUUCAAGCUUGAAUCAGGCGAAGAUUCUGAUAGCAUCCAGGCAUCUCUUGGAAAACUCAUGGAACAUGUUAUUUCUCUUUUACAUCUUAUCGACAAGGGAAGAAAGCAAGUAACUAUUCCUCUUACAAUGAGAAAGGAAUUAAAAAAGUCCACACAUGCUGUCUUGAGGACUAUCACAGCGGUUAUGAACCCUGCAUCAUACUUCAGAGCGCUCAUCAAUUUGCUUGGACAAUCAGAUGGAAAUGUGCAAAAGAAGGCUCUUGGGCUUCUUUGCGAGACAUUAAGGGAUCGUCAGUCAAAUAAAGAGAACAGCAAGGGGAAAAGGAAUUUGAAUGUAAAUUCAAGUACUGGUUGGCUCCAUAUGGAUGAGAGUUCGCUUGAAUCGUUUCACAAGAUGUGUUUGAAAAUUGUUGGGUUAAUUGAUGAUGAGAAGAAUAUAGUAGAUGCACCACUAAAACUUUCAGCAAUUUCUGCUCUGGAAGUCUUGGCGAAUAGCUUUUCUUCUGAUUAUUCUAUCUUCAGCAUAUGCCUUCCAUCUAUUGCAAGAGGCAUUAGCUCACCCGUCUUGGCCAUUUCUUCUAGCUGCCUUCGCACAACUGGUGCUUUAGUUAAUGUGCUUGGACCAAGAGCAUUAUCUGAACUUCCAAGCAUUAUGAAAAAUGUAAUUAAGAUAUCUCAUGAAAUCUCAUUUAAAAAUGGUGAUGAUAACACCUCUCCUGCACUAUCAACUUCAAAAGAAUCAGUCAUGCAGUCUAUUCUUUUAAUUCUGGAGGCAGUUGUGGACAAGCUUGGUGGCUUUUUAAAUCCAUAUCUCAAAGAAGUUAUAGAACUACUAGUUCUUGGACCUGAGUAUACAACUGAAUCCAAGCCAAAGCUAAAAUUGAAAGCAGAUGUAGUACGAAGGCUCUUUACUGAGAAAAUCCCUGUUCGACUUGCUCUGCCGCCUUUGCUAGCAUUACAUUCUAAAGCAGUGGAGUCUGGGGACUUAAGUGUGGCAACUUCUUUUAAAUUGCUUGGAAGCUUAGUUGGUAAGAUGGAUAGAUCAUCUGUUGGUGGUUACCAUGAAAAGAUUUAUGACGUUUGCUUGGGUGCUCUCGAUCUUCGUCGUCAACAGCCUACUUCAAUUAAGAACAUCGAUGUUGUCGAAAAAAGUGUACUUGAUGCUAUGAUAUCUUUGACUAUGAAACUUACAGAAUCAAUGUUUAAGCCUCUAUUUCUUAAUAGUGUUGACUGGGCGGAGUUGCAUAUUGAAGAUAAUGAUAAUGAGGGUCAUGCAUCAAUUGAUAGGUCCAUUGCAUUAUAUGGUUUGGUCAACAAACUUGCUGAGAAUCAUAGGUCCCUUUUUGUUCCUUAUUUCAAAUACUUACGUGAUGGAUGUGUAAAACAUCUCAUGGAUGCUGCUGAUGCAAAAGGUGCCGCUUUGAUUCGAAAGAAAAAGAAAGCCAAGAUCCAGGAAACAGGAAAAGAAAUAAAAGGAAACACCAGUUGUUUAUCCCUUAAAAACUGGCAUCUAACGGCAUUAGUCCUAUCUGCUUUACAUAAAUGUUUUCUGUAUGACACUGAAAGCCUUAAAUUUGUUGACUCCUCAAAUUUUCAGGUUCUGUUGAAACCCAUAAUCUCACAGCUCAUUGUGGAGCCACCUUCUUCUCUAGAAGAACAUCCAGGCAUACCAUCUAUUGAGGAAGUUGAUGAUUUGUUGGUGGUUUGCAUUGGUCAAAUGGCUGUAACUGCAGGAACUGACCUUCUAUGGAAACCUCUGAACCAUGAGGUAUUGCUGCAAACUCGAAGCGAGAAGUUGCGUGCUCGAAUUUUAGGAUUGAGAAUUGUGAAGUAUCUACUGGAUAAUCUUAAAGAAGAAUACCUAGUAUUGCUGCCCGAAACCAUCCCCUUUCUGGGUGAACUGCUCGAGGACGUGGAACUACCCGUUAAAUCUCUAGCGCAAGACAUUCUCAAGGAAAUGGAGUCGAUGAGCGGCGAAGAUCUUCGGCAAUAUCUCCAAUAAUCUUGAAUCCAUGAUUGUUAUUUUCUGGAUUCGGAGGUUAGCAGAGAUAAAAAUCAAUACAGAGCUAAUGUAUGUAAUUUAUUUUUAUUUGUGUUGAGGAAGUUGUAAAUUGAAAUUCUAUAUUCUUAAGAGUUAGGUGAACCGAGAAGCUGAAACUUAUGUGAUAAAUGCUUCAAUCAAUUUUGUAUACAUUCUGCAGCAAUAUAUAGCAAUUUAUUGUC